AGGACAAACCUCCUAGUUCAAUUCGUCAAUGGACAAAUCACUUGGGCGGCGAAAUACGGACAGUUGCAGCCGAAAAUGUGUUCAAAUGGAGUAUUCCCACAAGAUUUUCGAUCACCGAAAACACUUGAAGAGGUCAAGUGCAUUGAUCCCACAACAUUGGAUCGCAUUUUGAGAAGCUACAAUCUCCCGACUGAUCUUCGUUCUCUGCAACUCACAUCACGAGAUUCCGUCAGCCCGAGAACAGCGCUGGACGCAAAGCUGUGCACAUUGUUCGACUUCCUCGGAGCCGUGCAAAUAUCAGAUCGACAACGAAGGAAGAGAGGGGCAGCUCUCCUGCCGUAUUAG